AUGACUGCCACAGAGGCUUUCCCGCUCUUGUCUACCGACGACAAAUUGGCGCCCCUGGGAGGACACAACAGCCCCGAAAAGCCGCGGAUUCGAAGACGGUCAAGUGGACUUGGGGGAGAGAUCAGAGCUGGGGACACAGGUUCGCCAGCGUUAGCAACCUUAGACGUGAGACCGCCGUCUCCCGGAGCCAUUAAAGCGCAAAAAGAGUCAGACCGCAAAAAACCAUUCUCCAAACGACGGAAAGCGAAAACCCUCUUCCAGCAAUGGAAACGAUAUGCGCUGAAGCACACCUGGGUCACCCCACUGGUGCUCCUUUCAAUAUUCCUCAUCCUCUAUGCGAUUAACCCUACCGAGACGAAUCCUAUCCAUCACUUCAUCUUUCUGUCAUAUCCUCUCCCUCCAGAUCCGAAUGACCCACCAGGAACUCCGACACAAUAUGGAAAGGGCCGCUGGGAUUUUGCUUUCGUAUCUUUCUAUGUUAUUGUCCUCUCCUUCACUAGAGAGUUCAUCAUGCAGAAGUUCUUGCGACCUAUGGCCAAAAACAGUGGGCUGAAAAGCAGGGCAAAACAAUCCCGCUUUAUGGAACAGAUGUACACAGCCAUCUACUUUGGGCUUCUGGGGCCCUGCGGACUGUUUGUUAUGAGCCGCACACCACUUUGGUACUUCAACACAACUGCGAUGUACGAGCUAUUUCCACACAAGCAUCAUGAGGCUUACUUCAAGUUCUACUACCUCUUCCAAGCCGCAUACUGGGCCCAACAAGCUAUUGUGCUCAUGCUAGGAAUGGAGAAACCAAGAAAGGACUACAAUGAAUUGGUUGGACACCACGUAGUGUCCUUGUCCUUGAUCUUCUUGAGCUACCGAUUCCAUUUUACAUACAUGGGUUUGGGAGUUUUUAUUACCCACGAUAUCAGUGAUUUCUUCCUCGCUACCUCCAAAACUCUCAACUACCUGGACCACCCGCUCGUUGGACCCUAUUUCGGAUUCUUCGUUUGCGCCUGGAUCUAUCUUCGACACUACCUGAACCUUCGCAUUCUCUGGUCUGAAUUUAAUGAAUUCAAGACCGUUGGGCCCUAUGGUCUGAACUGGGAAACCGAGCAAUACAAGUGCGACUUGUCCUUCUAUAUCUCCACAGCUCUUCUAGCCAGUCUUCAGGGCUUGAAUUUGUUCUGGCUAUACUAUAUCUUACGAAUCGCCUGGCGCUUUGUAUUCCUCAAAACGGCAGAGGACGAUCGCAGCGACAACGACGAGAACGAGUUCCAAGAAGAGCAGAGACUGGAUGCUCUCGCCCGCCAGCGCAAAGAGCAGCCAUCGAGCCCCAAGUUGUUGGUUAAUGGACAAGCAGUGAGCAGCAAUGGAAACGGAAAGACCUCCGCAACUGAGAUCCGUACAAACAGCAUAACGAACCGGAAGGAGAAUGUCAGGAAGGCUUAA